CCUGGGGCACCCGCCAUGGUGGCAUCGCCGUCCCCCCCCGCCGGCCACGGCCCCUGAGGGCGUGAGGACCCCCGGCCUCAGCGCCGGCUGCCCAGACCAUGCGGCCCCACGGUGACAUCAUCGCCGCCGGUGACAUCAUCACCCCAGGUGACAUCGCCCCUGGUGACGUCGCCUACCAUGACUCUGCCUCUGGUGGCUUCUGCCGUGGUGGCAUCUCCCACAAGGGCUUCUGCCAUGGUGGCAUCUCCCGACGUGACCUCAUCGCCCGCGGUGGCAUCUCCCACGGUGACAGCAUCGUCCAUGGUGACAUCUCCCGUGGUGGCAUUGCCCACAGUGACAUUGCCCACAGUGACAUUGCCCAUGGUGGCAUCUCCCACAGUGACUUUACCCGCGGUGGCAUGUCCCACAGUGGUGGCAUCUGCCAUGGCAACAUCUGCCAUGGUGAUAUCUUGCGCGGUGACAACUCCCAUGAAGACGUCACCCAUGGUGGCAUCUGCCACGGUGGCAUCUCCCGUGGCAGCGGCUCUCACAGUGGUGGCAUCUCCCACGAUAUCUCCCACAGUGCCAUCUUGCGUGGUGGCAUCUCUCACAGCAGCAUCUCCCAAGGUGGCAUCUCCCAUGGUGGUGGCACCUCUCAUGAUGACACCUCCCAUGACGGCCUCUCCCAUGGUGGCAUCUCCCAUGGUGGUGGCACCUCCCAUGAUGGCAUCUCCCAAGGUGGCAUCUCCCACCGUGGUGGCAUCUCCCAUGACAGCAUCUCCCAUGGCAUCAUCUCCCACCGUCGUGGCAUCUCACAUGGUGACAUCUCCCACAACGGCACCUCCCACGAUGGCAUCUCCCAUGACGGCAUCUCCCAUGGUGGCAUCUCCCACCAUGGUGGCAUUUCCCACAAUGGCACCUCUCAUGACGGCAUCACCCAUGGCAUCAUCUCCCACCGUGGUGACAUCUCAUGUGGUGACAUCUCCCACAAUGGCGCCUCCCACAACGGCACCUCCCGUGACGGCAUCUCCCAUGGUGGCACCUCCCAUGGCGGCAGCUCCCAUGGCAUCAUCUCCCACCAUGGUGGCAUCUCCCAUGACAGCACCUCCCAUGGCGGCAUCUCCCACUGUGGUGGCAUCUCACAUGGUGACAUCUCCCACAACGGCACCUCCCACGAUGGCACCUCCUGUGAUGGCAGCUCCCAUGGUGGCACCUCCCAUGGUGGUGGCCUCUCCCAUGACAGCAUCUCCCACGGUGGCACCUCCCAUGGUGGCAUCUCCCAUGGUGGCAUCUCCCACCGUGGUGGCAUCUCACACGGUGACAUCUACAACGGCACCUCCCAUGAUGGUGCAUCCCAUGACGGCAUCUCCCAUGGCGUCAUCUCCCACUGUGGUGACAUCUCCCAUGACAGCACCUGCCAUGACGGCAUCUCCUAUGGCAUCAUCUCCCACUGUGGUGGCAUCUCCCACGGCGUCAUCUCCCACCGUGGUGGCAUCUCCCAUGACGGCACCUCCCAUGACGGCAUCUCCCAUGGCAUCAUCUCCCACUGUGGUGACAUCUCCCAUGACAGCACCUGCCAUGACGGCAUCUCCCACGGUGGUGGCACCUCCCGCGGUGGUGGCACCUCCCACGGUGGUGGCCUCUCCCACGACGGCGGCACCUCCCACGACGGCCCCUCCCGCGGUGGUGGCACCUCCGGCGGUGGCUUCCUCCUCCGCCUCUCCAACCACCCGCGGUGGCCCCGCCACCACCGCCACCACGUCCUCCUGCUCCUCCUCCUCCUCCUCCUCCUCCCGCCCCGCCCCGCGCAGGGGGCCACCUUCAAGGUGGGGGUGCUGGGGCCCUGGAGCUGCGACCCGCUGCUGGCCCGCGCCCUGCCCGAGGCGGCCGCCCGCCUGGCCGUGACCCGCCUCAACCGGGACCCGGUGCUCGGCGAGGGCUACUGGUGGGACGCGGUGGUGCUGCCGGAGGCCUGCGCCACGCCGCAGGCCGUGGCCGGGCUGCUCAGCGCCGAGCGCUACGCCGCGGCCCUGCUGGGGCCCCUGGACCCGGGGGCCUGCGGGGCCGCCGCGCUGCUGGCCGCCGCCUGGAACAAGCCGCUGGUGGCCUGGGGGUGCCCGGGGGGCCCCGAGGGGCGGCCCACCCUGGCCCCGCCGCUGCCGGCGCCCGCGGGGCUGCUGCACGCCCUGCUGCGCUCCUUCCGCUGGGCCCACGCGGCCGUGCUCAGCGCCCGCCCCGACCGCUGGCGCCAGGCGGCCCGGGGCCUGGCCGAGGGGCUGCGGGCCCGGGGGCUGCCCGUCACCGUGGUGGCCGCCGCCGGCCCCCGCCGGGACGAGGCCCGCGACGCCCUGCGGCGGGUGCAGCGGGCCGACGGCGUCCGAGUGGUGGUGCUGUGCAUGCACUCGGUGCUGCUGGGCGGCGAGGAGCAGCGGGUGCUGCUGGAGACGGCGGAGGACAUGCGCAUGACCGACGGCACCUACGUCUUCGUGCCCUACGACACGCUGACCUUCCCGCUGCCCUACCGCCGCCUGUCCUACCCCGUGCUGGCCAACAACACCAAGCUGCGCCUGGCCUACGACGCCGUCCUCACCGUCACCAUCGACUCGCCCCAGGUGGACUUCCACGAGGCCCUGCGCCAAGCCCAGGAGGCCUACGAGAUCCCCGGCCACAUCGACCCCACCCAGGUCCACCCGCUCUUCGCCACCAUCUACAACUCCAUCUUCUUCCUGGCCAAGGCGGUGGAGGCCACGCGGCGCGCCGGACGCUGGGUGAUGGGCACCAGUGUGGCCGAGCACGCCCGGGACUUCCAGCUGGAGGGCUUCUGCCAGCCGCUGGCCGUGGACGAGGACGGGGACGUCAGCGUCCCCUACGUGGUGCUGGACACGGACGGCAGGGGUGACCGGCUGUGGCCCGUCUACGGGCUGGAGCCGGGCGCCCCGGGGCUGCGCUCGCUGGGCCACGGCGUCCACUGGCCCCACGGCACCAGCCCCAGCACCGACGCUGGCUGCUGGUUCGACUCAGGCACCAUCUGCAACGGUGGGGUGGACGCCACCUUCGUCCUCCUCAUGUUCGUCCUCGUCUCCGCCCUCAUCAUGGCGGGGGCCGCCCUGGCCUGCUUCAUCAGGCGCCGCAUCCAGCAGGCCCAGCUGAUGAAGGGACCCAACAAGAUCAUCCUCACCAUGGAGGACCUGACCUUCAUCAACACCCAGAGCAGCAAGCGGGUGGACGAGAGCCGCGCCAGCCUGGCCAGCCGCGGCGCUGACGGCAAGAGCCUCCGCAGCGUGGCCGCCGGCCCCGAGGCCACCAACGUGGCCAUCGCCGAGGGAGCCGAAAAGCCGCCGGGGAACGGCCACCUCCCCCUGCUCCUCCUCUUGUUUAACCAGCAGGGCCUGGUCGCCUCCGUGCAGGGCGACUGGGUCUGGCUGAAGAAGUUCCCCGGAGACCAGCACAGCGAGGUGAAGCCGGCCACCAAGCUGGCCUUCUGCAAGCUGCGGGACCUGCGCCACGAGAACGUCAACCUCUUCCUGGGCUUCUUCCACGACUGCGGCAUCUUCGCCAUCGUCUCGGAGCACUGCUCGCGCGGCAGCCUGGAGGACCUGCUGCGCAACGAGGACAUGAAGCUCGACUGGAUGUUCAAGUCCUCCCUCCUCCUCGACCUCAUCAAGGGUGUGCGCUACCUGCACCACCGCGACGUGGUCCACGGGCGCCUCAAGUCGCGCAACUGCGUGGUGGACGGGCGCUUCGUGCUCAAGGUCACCGACCACGGCUUCAACCAGCUGCUCGAGGCCCAGCGGGUCGUGGCCCCGCCCCCCCAGCCCCACGAGCGGCUGUGGACGGCGCCGGAGCUGCUGCGCGAGCCGGCGCUGGAGCGGCGCGGCACCACGCGGGGCGACGUCUACAGCGUCGGCAUCAUCAUGCAGGAGGUGAUCUGCCGCGGCGCCCCCUACUGCUCCCUCGGCAUGGCCGCCGCAGAGAUCAUCCAGAAGGUGGAGAAGCCACCGCCACUGUGCCGGCCCUCGGUGUCGCUGGACCAGGCGCCCCUCGAGUGCAUCCAGCUCAUGAAGCAGUGCUGGAGCGAGCAGCCCGAGCGGCGCCCCACCAUCGACCAGAUCUUCGACCAGUUCAAGAACAUCAACAAGGGCCGGAAGACCAACAUCAUCGACUCCAUGCUGCGCAUGCUGGAGCAGUACUCCAGCAACCUGGAGGACCUCAUCCGCGAGCGCACAGAGGAGCUGGAGAUCGAGAAGCAGAAGACUGACAAGCUCCUCACCCAGAUGCUGCCCCCGUCGGUGGCCGAGGCGCUGAAGAUGGGCACCCCCGUGGAGCCCGAGUACUUCGAGGAGGUGACACUCUACUUCAGUGACAUCGUGGGCUUCACCACCAUCUCGGCCAUGAGCGAACCCAUCGAGGUGGUCGACCUCCUCAACGACCUCUACACCCUCUUUGACGCCAUCAUCGGCUCCCACGACGUCUACAAGGUGGAGACCAUCGGGGACGCCUACAUGGUGGCCUCGGGGCUGCCCAAGCGCAACGGCAACCGCCACGCCGGUGAGAUCGCCAACAUGUCGCUCGACAUCCUCAGCUCCGUCGGCACCUUCAAGAUGCGCCACAUGCCUGAGGUGCCCGUGCGCAUCCGCAUCGGCCUCCACUCCGGGCCCUGCGUGGCCGGCGUCGUGGGCCUGACCAUGCCGCGCUACUGCCUCUUCGGUGACACCGUCAACACGGCCUCCCGCAUGGAAUCCACCGGCCUGCCCUACCGCAUCCACGUGAACGUCCGCACCGUCACCAUCCUCCACGCGCUCAAGGAGGGCUUCAAGCUCGACAUCCGGGGCAAGACGGAGCUCAAGGGCAAAGGCGUGGAGGACACGUACUGGCUCGUGGGCCGGGAGGGCUUCAACAAGCCCAUCCCCACCCCCCCCGACCUGCUGCCCGGCGCCAGCAACCACGGCAUCAGCCUGGACGAGAUCCCGCCCGAGCGGCGCCGCAAGCUGGAGAAGGCCCGGCCGGGGCAGGUGCCCAAGUAGCCGCGGGCCGAGGGGCUGGCUAGAGCUGCCAGGGUUUGGAGUCCUCCAGACCAUAGAGACCUGUCCCCAGGGUGACCUCCAUAGAGCCACUCUGUGCCUGUGUGUGGCCCUUCUCUAUGGUCACAGAGCAUGGCCUCCAGCAUGGAGGGCUUGGAGUCCUCCAGACCACAGAGGUGGGGCUAGAGGGCCCCUCCCUGGAGCUGCUCUGCACCUCCAUGGAGCCCUGCUUGGUGGCCUCCCACUGGGCAUAGAGACCACUGAGCUGCAGCUAGAGCGACCCCUCCCCAGAGCCACUCUGCACCCCCAGGUGCCCCCCCAACACUCUAUGGUCCCCCCUCCUGGCUCCCCCAGGACCAUAGAGCCCUGUGCCCAGAGCGGCGGCCCAGCACGUGCCCUGGGGCAUCGUGGGACUUUGGCCAACGCGCCCAGUGCAUCAUGGGACGCCGGCUGACCUCCGGACUGCUGCGGCUGCCGCUGGCCUCAGGGCAUCAUGGGAAGGCGGCUUGUGGCCCAGGGGCAUGAUGGAACAUGGGGGGGGGGCCUCCAGCCCCUCCCCCACAGGGGAAAAAAAUAUCCGUCUGGCAGUCAAAAAAUCCCCUCUUAAAGGGAUUUCCCCCUUCUUAAAGGGGCAGAGCCGCGGCUGGGGGCGGGGGAUGGGCACAGGGUGUUUUUUUUUUUUGUCUGGGGAGGCAAAAUACUCUUAAAGGGGCGGGCGGGGGUGGCCCAAUGGGAGUAUGUGUCUGCCGACCAAAAAAAAAAGGCUCUUAAAGGGGCAAGGACCCGCCCGCAGAGCCAGUAGUUGUCCGUAGACAGAAAAUCGGUCUUAAAGGGACGGCGACGGGGCUGGGGGCAAAAAAAAAAAAAGGCGAUUUAAAGGGGCUGGGGGGGGGCGGCUUCUUAAAGGGACAGGCUCUCCCAGCAGCCCUCGGGAGGGGCUGGCGGCCAUGUUGGGUGACCCCUGACCCCGGGCGGGGCCGACGGCACUUCUUAAAGGGGCGCGAUGUCGGCACUACCUUUAAAGGGGCGGGUGUGCGUCGUUCCCCCCCUGCCAUUUUGUGUCCCCCCCCCCCCCCAAAACAAGCUGUUCUUAAAGGGA